ACACACAGAGAAGGGUCCCAUGUUGUCUAUACAGGACACAACAAUGUAGGGCAAGCCCAAGUGGCGUUGGAACCUCAAUGCAUGCCCUUGCUCACAGUUGCCCCCAAAUCACUUAUGUCUUCUGUUCUUACGCCCACUUUCCACAUGAUCACGUUGUUUUCUGAUCUCCCUCCCUUCCAAACCUCACCAUAAAUACCCUCUACCUCCCUUCCAAACUUCACACUCCUUUCUGGCUACUAGCUAGUACCCUAGCCCUUCCCCACUAGUCCUACAUUUUUUAGCACAAAUUGUCAAAGCAUUACCUUGGUGAAAAAUGGCUCUAAAAAAAUCUAGCAAACUUCCUCAUGCAGCAGCUUUGAAGCAGAUUCUGAAAAGAUGCUCAAGCUUUGGGAAGAAGAAUGACUACAAUAAUGAAGAGGACCUUCCUGAUGAUGUGCCAAAAGGCCAUUUUGUUGUCUAUGUGGGAGAGAACAGAAGCAGAUACGUCAUUCCCAUUUCAUGGCUGGCUCACCCUCAGUUCCAAAGUCUGCUUCAAAGAGCUGAGGAAGAGUUUGGCUUUAAUCACGACAUGGGUCUUACCAUUCCUUGUGAAGAAAUUGUUUUUAGGUCUCUAACGUCGAUGAUCAGAUCAAGUUAUGACGACUGAAAAUAGGGUUCUUUGGAAAUAUAAAAUAACUUCUGCUACAACUAAUUUGAGUGAAGAGAUUCAUUGAUAGUAGCCUAUAAUUAGCCUUUUGACAAACUUUUUACUCUCUAGUAGGGCUAGCGCUUUAUGAUAUGUUUGGCUGCUGGAUAAAGUAGAGAGUAAAUAUUGCAGCGGGAGAUCACCAUCCAUGAGCUUCAAGAUUUCUGAAAAAGAUAGAUCAGAUUACCAGAUAUAGAUCUUCAUUUAUGGAUGAAAUGGAAAGGUACCACUUGUAAUAAUUCUUUGUUGGCAUGAUUUAUUGCUUGAUUUGCAGAAGGCGCUUACUUAUCUGCUUA